AUGACGCCGCCUGACGCCCCGCGCGCGGGCGCGACGGACCCGGUGAAGCGACGCAGCGCGCUGACGAGCGCGUUCGAGGAGCUCGCGCUGCAUUCGGAGCGCGACGUGGAGGAGGGCCUCCACGCGGAGGGAUUCAGCGCGCACGUCGUGAACGACGACUCCCCGGGGUCGCCGUCCGUGCAGGUGGACGCGCUGCGCGGGCCCUCGUUCAGCGCGGCGCGCCCGCGAGGAUCCUUCGUCGACUGCUUCUCUCUCGACGACCCGGAGCUGCUCGCGCGCUCCGCGGGGCGGCAGCACGGCAGCUUCUCGUGCCUCUCGAUGCUCAGCGACUCCCCGCGGACGCGAGGGUUCGUGUUCCGCGAGGACUCCGCGCAGGAGGACGGGAGCGGCGGCAGCGACGAGAACGACGAGGGCGCCGCGGCGGGGUUCUCGGCGGGGGACGACGACGAUCACGUCAACUCCAGUCGACGGGCUAGCUUCGACGUCGCCGCGGCGCGCGCGAGGGACGUCGCGACCGAGGAGUUCGACCUCGGAUUCUCGCCGAGCGAGACGAUCGCGCGGCUGCGGUGCGACAGCGGCAACGAGGGGAGCCUGAGCGACGCCAUGAUGCAUCGAGGCGCGUCGCCGAGCGGGAGGAGUCUGUCGUCGUCGCGGAGCGCGUCGCGCGUGGGGUGGGCGGCGCCGCCGAGGGUCGUCGUGGUGCACCCGGCGGAGGACGACGUGACGGAGUGCGACGCGGCGAGCGCGGGGCGGAAACAGCGGGGGAGCUUCAACUCGCUGCUUCUGCUGGAGGCGGCGAAGCUGUCGCAUCUGGGAGGCGAUCGGGGGGGCGCGGAGGAGGCGACGGAGGCGUCGAUCGCGGAGGUGCGAUUUCCGGUCCAAGCCGCGCGUUGA